UAAAAUCGUCAUUACCGUUUGGAAAAUUGUUCCGAGUACUAUUCAAAAGUGUUGGCUGAAGUAAAGAUUCUGAUCCUAGUUUUUCGGUACUUCAUAAAAAAUAGUUUGAACGUGAGAAAAUUGUUGUGAAAAGUGUGAUCUCUCCUUUUUCUGUGUAAAUUUGUGAUAUAUUUCUGUGGAUAAGAUGAAAUUUGUCAGUGCAAUCUUUUUCAUGAGUGCUUCAGCUGCAAUUGUUGCAAUCACAUCCGCUCAGAUUCGACCGAUCUUGCGAACAACGGCUGACCAUGAUGCAGUUAUUCUCCGGCAAGCCUAUGACCUUAAUCCAGACGGAUCGUACGUCUACAAUUAUGAGACAAGCAAUGGUAUUCGUGCUGAUGAAAGCGGGUUUUUAAAGAGCCCUGGAACCCAAUUAGAAGCUCAGGUCAAACAGGGAUCAUUUUCAUAUACCGGACCUGAUGGUGUCGUCUACACUAUUACCUACAUCGCUGAUGAAAACGGAUAUCGUGCCGAAGGUGCCCACAUACCGACCCCUCCAUCACUUCGACCAGUCAACAUACCACGCUACAACUAAUUUUAAAGAAAUAAUAUCUAAUCCAUCCCCCAAUACUACUAUCAACACAACGACAACUACAAAGGAUAUGAAAAGAUUUCAAAGAUGAAGAUCUGCAUAUUCUGCAAAUCAAGACCAACAACUACCAGCCGAGCGUAUUUCUGUAUCUAAUAAUUUUGCUAUAUCUAAGAUUUUAUUAUAAACGCUAUCGAAUUUAUUGCUAUGAAUAUUUCUUUAAUCAACUGCCGUAUUAGCAUAUAAACUGACGAUGAGCUCUGUGAUGUCUAGUUUGCUCUGAAAGUGGACAUGCUGCAACGAAGACUACAAGGAUAUUUACUCUAUAAAAACCGGAAAAAGAUAAAAAAUAGUAAAUAAUGGACAGUAGACUAUGAAAAUAGUAAAAAAAAAUGUUACCCCGAAAUAUCUGUACCGAAUGCAUCUUCCCUGAAAAAGAUAACGGCAAGAAUUGCGCACACAUUAUUUUAAUAACAAUUUACUGUAAAUAGCCUUUAAGACUUUUUUGUAUAUUUGAAUAAAGCAAGUUUGCAAUGAAAAAGCA